CAAAAGCAGGAAGUGCAUCUGCUUCAGUCUCACAAACUGUACUGUUCAUCCAGCUGAGUAAAGUACGUCCUGUUCAGUAUUUAAAGAUCAAACGAUCAAUAACAUCAAGAUGUUUUGGAGAAUUCUCUUGGUCACACUCGUGAUGUCCUUUUUGGGCUCUUCUAUGGGCGCAGAUUUGGACUGUGCAACCCUGACUACUUGUGAAGAAUGUACAAAAGCAACAGAAUGUGUGUGGAUGACCUGCCUAGAAAACAGUAUCAAGUGUUAUAACAUCACUACCAGAUCUGAAAGCAACUGCACCAACACUAAUUGUGCAACUGAAACAACAACUGCAUCUCCGACCACUAUGGUGACCAAUGCUACGGUGACCAACGCUACUGUAACAACCAUCACCACCACCACCACCAUCACAACAACCCCCAACACCACUUCCUCCAAUUCUACAUCUACAACGGUCAGCUCUUCCACUGUGUCCACCACUACAGCAAAUGCCACCACGACAGCGAUGCCUCCGACUCCAAAGAAAUCGACAUUCGACGCGGCCAGUUUCAUCGGUGGGAUCGUCCUCGUGCUCGGCCUGCAAGCCGUUAUCUUCUUCCUCUACAAGUUUUGCAAGUCCAAGGACCGCAAUUACCACACUCUGUAAAAAGAAAAGAAAAAAACCACCCUUUAGAAGCACCACAUUGCACAUCAUACACACACACACACACACACACACACACACUUCAAUCUUCCUCCAUUCUCUUGUGCCACAUGAUUUAGUUGAGGCCUGUGGUUUGAGCUCUACAUUUAAUUGAAGUGAGAAUGUGAGUUAAAACACACACACACACACACACACACACACCCUGAAGCAGUGGCAUUGUCACUUUUCCCAUUCCUGUGUCUAUAUUAGUUUCCUUAUUCACAGCUUCGGUCCAUUUUUAACACUUCUCCAUUAUCAGUCUUCUCCACGUUUUAAAAAUAAUCGCUCCGCGGCUAACAGCUGUGCGAUAGGAUGCUCACGCUGCCAUUUUCUUCUCAUUUUCAAUGCCACUGCUCAAGGAGGUGGAUGUUAAACACAAGUCCCCGCUUUUCCUUACACCGUAACUUAAUCUGAGCUGUUUGGACACACGAGUUCUCAUGAAGCUACACUGGCUUGCUUGCUUGUUUGUUUGUUUGUUUUUGUUUAUUUUUCGCACUUUGUUCUUGACAGCUCAUGAGAAAAGGGGGUGGGGCAAAUACAAUACUCCACCCAUGCAAUUUCAGUCCCCUCCCCCUGAAGCCAUAGACGUGUGUCAAAUUUUUUUUAGAAUGCUUUCGUUUUGUCGUGCUUAAAGCUUUGCUUUGAAAAGAAAAAUCACACAUUUGGUAAAAAAAUUUUUUCUUUUUUUGCAUUUGUUCUUGAAUUUUGAAAUUUUUUUAAAUCAAUUUCAGCCAAACUACACAGCAUGAUCUAUCUAUUCGCAAUAAUAAAUCAGUCGUUUUGCGAUUUAACAACCAGGACUAGUGAAAAUAAAGCCACUUUGCCAAAAUCCAGAGCUAAAAUACGGUAAUAAUGAAGCAUGUUCUAAACCUGAAGUGUUUGUUUGUUUGAAGAUAGUUUGAGAUGGUGGUUAGUUUGAGUUCUGCUUUUCGCCUCUUUUCUUCUUCUUUGAGCCUUAAAUGUGUAAAGGUGUAGACGUUGGUCUGCCACUUCCUGCUGGAGCAGGCUGUGUGUGUGUGUGUGUGUGUGUGUGUGUGUGAGCUCUGUAUUAUCAGUGAGGUUGAUUAAGGCUGCCAGCUGGACUGUUUGCUAUAUAAUAAAGAAUAUAUUAAUUAACGGUUCAUUAGCAGUAGUUCAAUUCCGCGUCCGGGUUUUUCCGUGACUCGUUCUGAGGCCUCCAGCUCUCAAGCCUCUCUGCCUUACGCUUUUCCGCUAUGCUUUUCCAGAUCCUUCACCCUGAAGGGAGCAAACUUCAGUGUCAGAGUUGAAAUGAAGAAUCAAAAGGUGUGAAAAUCCUAUGGUACUUUAAAACAAAAAUAAAUCACUAAACGCUUUUUUUUUUUGGUCCUGCAGCUGUACGUGUUUUUGCCAAACAUAUUUGUUUUUAAUAGAAAGAAGGAAGAAUCUUGUCAUAUGUGACUUUGAGGUCAGAGGUGAGAAAUCAUACACAUCCUGUUUUUGUUCGGUCUCCGAGAAGCAACUCCGAAAAAGUGUUGGAGUAGAAAAAGUGUGUAUUUUCCCAUAUAUGGUCAUUCAGGAAGUCCUUUUUGGUUGCCUAGUAACAAUAUGAGAUUAUUAUGGGAUAAGCGACACUAAAGUGUUGGAAUGAAAAGGUAAAAAAUUCUGUAUUGGCUUUAAGAUGAUUAUUCCCAUAUAUGGUCAUUCAGGAAGUCAUUUUUGGGUUGCCUAGUAACAAUAUGGGAUUAUUAUGGGAUAAUUUUUUUUCUCUCCCAGAAUCCAUGCGAGCAUGUUGCUGUGUGUUUAGUCUGAUUUGUGGAGAAGAUUGGAGACAAAAGAAAAGAAAAGAAGCGAAGGCUCUGAGAUGGGAUUAUCUCACCGCUGAUCAUGUGACGUCGUCAGGUCGGGUUCUUAUUAAAGCUGGUUGUGUGCCAUGAUUUUUUUAAAUAUUAUUAUUCUUCUUUCUGACUUUUGCUUAGAGCCUUAAUCUGCUGUGGAGACCUCUCACCGAAGCUUCACCCAAACAAGAACCACUCGCGUUAUUCGAACCCAAGCUGUGCAUCCGAGUGCGGCGUCUCUUCACUUUUUUUUUUUUGCCUUGUACCUAAUAUGAAGUACGGCGCUCGAAACGUUUCCUACUUUUAGUUUUUGUGUAGCGAGGCAUGCUGGGAAAAACAACCAAAGUUAUGUUGUGUCAAAGUUCUCCAACAUCCAUGGAUUUAUUUAUUUUUUUCUCAAUGUAAGAGAGUCCCCAAUGUCCUACUCUCUCUCUCUUUCUUUCUCUCCCUCUGUCUCACUCUCUCUCUGCCCCCCUCUCGUUCUCUCUCAUUUCUGUCUCUCUCUCCCUUCUCCCUCUCUAUCUUAAUCUCUCUCUCUCUUUCUCCCUCUGCCCCCAUCUCUCCCCCUCUCUUCCUCCCUCUCUCUCUCUCUCUCUCUCUCUCAGAGCUCCACGGUGUUGGGAUUAGACCCACGCUGAAACAUGAGCACUGUUAUCUCCAUGGAAACAGCCUUGACAAAACGAACCCACUUUUUUUUUCUUCCUUGUUUCUUCCAGAACUGUAAUCACUACUACUUCUUUUUUUUUUGUCGCACCUCUUGAAAACGAAGUGCCUUACUGAUGUAGAUAGUUUCAAAAUGAAGUCUUGAGUUGAACUCUGAAUAUUAAUCUGAUGGAGAAAAACUGAGAGUUGAGUGGUACUCUUGUCCUCUCUCUCUCUCUCUCUCUCAUUUCUUUCUCUCCACUUUGUGUUUAGUCGAGUGUGUAUUCACAACAUAGAUGACCUUUGGUCCCUGUGUAGUCAUGAGAGAGCUAAACACACACUCUUGCACCUCCACAUGCUGUUGCUUUUUGUUGCCACGAGGUCUGCCUUAAAUUUUUUUUCUUUUUCUGCUUCGUAAUCUUUUUUGCUUUUUUUUUUUUUUUUUGCAGUGGCGAUUAGGUUUGAAGAAGUUCAAUAAGUUUGAAGAUGUUAAAAAAAAAAUCAAUAAUUAAUUAAAAACUGAGUAAUGUAAAAUAACAAA